GUGGUCAGGGUGUUUGUUGUUAAGCAAAAAUAGCAGACACCAAUGUCCAAAAACUAAUUUCAGAGAGAUAUCCAUCCUGAUUUUGAUGACUAGACAAAUCAGCACGCUCUCAAGCAGUUUUCCGAAUGAAAGCUCGUUCGGAACAGACAAGUAGAAAUAUGCUAAUCGAAGUAUUAUGCAGGAGUUAGCAUGUUGGUUGUACGCUCUCACUGGCAUUGUCAAAAAACAGAGAUACUUUAUCCGACUUGCGGGCACCAGUGAGUGAUUUUCGAUAUCAGUGAGAUUCCCUGGAUUUCAGGGAAACUUGGGAUGUGUGAAAUAGUUAGUACACGAGCGAAUAAAACGUCAAGGGAGUAAUUAACCCACUGCUAUUACACGCAUUACGGCCCUUCGCAAUGGAAUGAUUGUACUGGAGCAUUACCGUACAACCGUAGUUGUGGCGUGUUCGCCGUGAAUGAAGUAAACACACAGGUUUGUGAGCGUUAAGAUGAAUGCUACGCCAUGGAAUACAAACUUGUGAAUUCGGCCAUACUAUUGUUUGCUGCAGAUGUGUUUAAGUAAGUGUCUGAUGACUUGGAGUUAUUUCUGUGAUCCUGAACCUGUCUCUGCACGAGGCGGAGCAGCAGCGCGUGCGCGAGGCCGCUGCGGAGCGGCAUCGGGAGGCGGAGGGCCGGGAGCGUCUGCGGGCGCUCAACGCCGCGCAGGAGGAGGUACUGCAGCUCCACCAGCUGCUGGAGCCCGCCAACGCCUUCAACCACGCCACCAUCAUCACCCGCGGCAACCAGCUCUGCGCACAGAUCCUGAACCUGUCUCUGCACGAGGCGGAGCAGCAGCGCGUGCGCGAGGCCGCUGUGGAGCGGCAGCGGGAGGCGGAGGGCCGGGAGCGUCUGCGGGCGCUCAACGCCGCGCAGGAGGAGGUACUGCAGCUCCACCAGCUGCUGGAGCCCGCCAACGCCUUCAACCACGCCACCAUCAUCACCCGUGGCAACCAGCUCUGCGCACAGGUCUCCGCUGUGUAAUACGCCACAGAAGAGAUGAGACCUUGACAGUGGAUUUGCCAACCUCCCAGGCACACCAGGGUACAACCUCACUCUCUGGUGUAGACUUGCCUGAGUUUAUCUGACUCUGCUCCACACGAAAAGAGAGGAAGACGGCAACCAAGCAACUUCCAAGCCUGAGAAGGCAAGUGAAAAGCUCCACCAGAAAACGUUCCAGUCCACAAGAGCAAGUGUCAUCUAAGAGCGAACUGUCAGCAGUCACCGGGGCCGGAGGCAGCGACUGUAUCCUUUCCAUUGUGCCGGUGCGCAUCAAAUCCAAGAAGAGCAACAACACCAUCGAAACGCAUGCGUUCAUGGACUCAGGAAGUGCAGCGACGUUUUGCUCCGAAAGAUUGAUGAGGCGACUUGGUGUAACGACCCUUGGCUGGGUUGUCGCAGGCCUUCUGAAGAAAGACAGUGACCACAAACCAAGUCACGUCAGUCAUUGUGCUUCGGUCAACAGAGUGUCAGUCAGAUGACUACAGGACUAGUUUCAUGGGAGUACCUUGGAUAAAGUAAUAAUUAAUAAUUAAUAGGGGUGGGAAUAGACUAUUUUGUUUAAUCUAGAUUAAUCUCACUGUAAUAAUGAAAUGAAUGUAGAUUAAUCUAUAUCAAAAUGGCUCAUUCAGAAUAGGCACGCUAGCUAAAUAAUGCCGAAAAAAAGCCUAGGGGGUUUCUUAAGAUGGCGCAUUAGACCAGAGCUCAUCUCUUUUUUCCAAAAUGCAUCUCAUCAUCAAAAAAAUGUUUGAUAUUUGGUGAUGAAAAAAAAUCACUGCAGUAUUGUGUGUUUUGAAUAUGUUAGGAAGCAUUUAGAGUCAUAAUAUACUGACAUUUCAAAAUGAACAGUGCUAUAAAUUGUAAAGGCAAAUACAGAUAAAUCUCAAACGUUUAGACUAUUUAAACAAAAUGACCUCAACAAUUCAGCAUUUCUAAUGGGCAGAGAGAGAGAGUUAGCUGUAAAGCAUUCCCGGUAACCUGAAAUGGGUAUUCCUGGUAACCUGAGGUUACUGGGAAUACCUAAUUGCCAUCGGGUAGGUAUUCCCGGUAACCCAAAUAGGUAUUCCGGUAACCUGAUAGGUAUUCCCGGUAACAUAGACAGCAAUAGGUAUUCCCGUACCUGGAGUCAAUUUUUAAAAAGUAUAUAAAACACUUCUAAUGCUAUGUUCCACCCUUCUAAAUGUCAAUUACGCGUCAAUGUCAUAUCUAACCAGGCAUCACACGCAGACUAAUGCCUCUUUUCCACUGCCGGUUUUGUGGUAGGCCUACAGCUCGACACAGCGCGACUCAGCCAACACUUUUUGCUUUGCGAUUGAGUUGUGUCAUGAC